AUGAACGUAGCAGUAGAUGAGUUUGGGAAACCGUUCGUGAUAGUUAGAGAAGAGGAAAAGAAGAGAAUAACGGGACUGGAAGCACAUAAAUCUAACAUACUAGCAGCACGCGCAGUGUCAGAUACACUCUCGACAUCACUAGGACCCAAAGGAAUGGAUAAAAUCAUAGUUGGCCCCGACGGACAAGUGACAAUAACGAACGACGGAGCAACAAUGCUGGAGAAGAUGGAAAUACAGCACCAAUGUGCAAAGCUGCUGGUGGACCUGUCGAGGAGCCAGGACGAGGAAGUGGGCGACGGAACAACAGGAGUUGUGAUCCUCGCAGGAGCACUGCUUGACAAGGCGCUCAAGUUCCUGGACAGAGGACUGCACCCUCUACACAUUGCGGACGGAUUCGAACAAGCCUGCGCAAUAGCAGUCUCAAGACUUAAGGAAAUAGCAGUGGAGCAAGAUAUAUACAGCGAUGAGUGCAAGCUCCUAAAACAAGCGGCCUUCACGUCACUGGGCUCGAAAGUAGUGUCAAGCUGCCAAGAACACCUCUCAGAAGUGGCAGUGAAAGCAGUACUGGCAGUGGCAGAUAGAGAGAGAAGAGACGUCAACCUAGACCUGAUAAAGAUUGAGAGUAAGCCGGGAGGAAGACUGGAGCAGACGGAGCUGAUCCAUGGAAUAGUGCUCAACAAGGACCUGAGCCACUCCCAGAUGAAAAAAACGACGCAUGACGCAAAGAUAGCAAUACUGACGUGCCCAUUUGAACCACCGAAACCGAAGACGAAGAAUAAGAUAGAAAUCAAGGACGUGGAAAGCUACGAGAAGCUUCAAGAAUGUGAACAGAAGUACUUCUUGGACAUGAUAGAAAAGGUGGAGAAGUCAGGAGCAAACUUUGUAAGUCCAGCGAUGGCUGUAGAUGUCAUUUGCCAAUGGGGAUUCGAUGAUGAAGCGAACCAUUUGCUGAUGCAAAGAGGAAUACCAGCAGUGCGCUGGGUGGGAGGAGUGGAGAUGGAACUAAUAGCAAUAGCGACAGGAGGACAAAUAGUAGCAAGGUUCGAAGACUUAACGCCAGAAAAACUGGGAAGCGCAAAGCUGAUUAGAGAGAUAGCAACAGGAACAGAGCACUCAGAAGUAGUAGUGAUAGAAGGUAAGUGUCAGGAAAAAAAUGUUAGAAUUACUAAUGUAAGUACAGGGUGCCCAAACACGAAGGCAGUAACAGUGCUCAUAAGAGGAGGUAAUCAGAUGGCAGUGGCGGAGACGGAAAGGUCAAUGCACGACGCAAUAUGCUGCGUAAGGAACCUGAUCAGAGACUCGAAGGUGGUGGCAGGAGGAGGAUCGCCAGAAAUAGCCUGCUCAAUAGCAGUGGAAAAGGCAGCGGCACAGUUUAACACACUGGAGCAGUACUCAGUGACAGGAUUCGCAGAAGCACUGCUCUCACUGCCGCUGGCGCUGGCAGACAACUCGGGUUUAAACUCCUUCGACUUCGUGACGAGGGCGAAGGCGAGGCAGAUCAAGGAGGGGAACCCGAGGAUAGGGAUAGACUGCAUGAACCUGGAGAUCGACGACCUCGCGAACCAGGGAAUCUUCGAGUCUCUGCACUCGAAGGUGCAGCAGCUGUCCCUGGCGACGCAGGUCGUGAAGAUGAUACUCAAGAUAGACGACGUGAUAACGCCAACUGACUUCAACAACUAG